CAUCCCGUUGGCUUCCCUCAGGCGGCGGGACCAGUGCAGCCGCCGCCUCCCAGGAGCGCCUCCCCGCCCGGGCUCGCGCCCUCCCCGGCUCAGGCCGCCAUGGCCACCAACCCGCAGCCGCAGCCGCCUCCCCCAGCACCACCGCCUCCCCCGCCGCAGCCGCAGCCGCAGCCGCCGCCGCCGCCGCCCGGCCCCGCGGCUGGCCCCGGCGCGGGCGGCGCGGGUGCAGGCGCCGGUGACCCGCAGCUCGUGGCCAUGAUUGUGAACCACCUCAAGAGCCAGGGGCUCUUCGACCAGUUCCGCAGGGACUGCCUGGCCGACGUGGACACCAAGCCUGCCUAUCAGAAUCUGAGACAGCGUGUUGACAACUUUGUUGCAAACCACCUAGCAACCCACACGUGGAGUCCCCAUCUCAAUAAGAACCAGCUCAGAAACAGUAUUAGACAACAAGUCCUGAAAUCAGGAAUGUUGGAGUCUGGUAUCGACCGAAUUAUUUCUCAGGUUGUGGAUCCAAAGAUCAACCACACAUUCAGACCUCAGGUGGAGAAAGCUGUGCAUGAGUUUUUGGCCACAUUGAAUCACAAAGAGGAAGCAAGUGGCAGCACAGCUCCUGAUGAGGAGAAACCAGACUCUUCCAUCAUUUCACAAGGUGUCCCUGCUCCAGGGCCCAGUGCUAAUGUGGCCAAUGAUGCCAUGUCAAUCUUGGAAACCAUAACUUCUCUUAACCAAGAAGCUAAUGCUGCCAGGGCUUCUACAGAAAUGUUAAAUGCCAAGACCAGUGAGAGAGUAUCAAAAAAACUCCCAUCUCAGCCAGGCAGUGACACCAGUACUGAAAAAGAGAGAACAUCAGAGGACAUGGCUGAUAAAGAAAAAUCUGCCCCUGACUCUGGAGGAGAAGGACUUGAAACAGCCCCGAAGUCUGAAGAAUUUAGUGAUCUCCCUUGUUCAGCUGAUGAAAUUAAAAAUCACACAAAAGAGAAUAAUAGUUUACUUCUGCUCAGUAAGGAUGUUCAACAGGAAAGCAGUGACCAAAAAAAUAAAACAGACAAAGGUGAAAAGAAGCUAGACAGCAAUGAAAAAGGAGAAAGAAAGAAAGAAAAGAAGGAAAAGACUGAAAAGAAACUUGAUCACUCAAAAAAGAGUGAAGAUACACAAAAAGUAAAAGAUGAAAAACAAGCAAAGGAAAAAGAAGUAGAGAGUUCAAAACUUAUAUCAGAAAAGAACAACAGUAAAGUUAAAACUGUUGAAGGGACAAAAGAAGAUUGCUCUUUGAUAGAUUCUGAUGUGGAUGGACUUACAGACAUCACAGUUAGCUCUGUCCAUACCAGUGACCUUUCAUCUUUUGAGGAGGAUACCGAGGAGGAAGUUGUAAUGUCUGAUAGCAUGGAAGAAGGAGAGAUUACAUCAGAUGAUGAAGAGAAGAAUAAACAGAAUAAAACAAAAACUCAAAGUAGUGAUUCUAGUGAAGGAAAAGCAAAAAGCGUACGGCAUGCUUAUGUUCACAAACCAUAUCUUUACUCGAAGUACUAUAGUGAUUCUGAUGAUGAACUUACUGUAGAGCAGCGGCGACAGUCUAUUGCUAAAGAAAAAGAAGAGAGGCUUUUAAGGAGGCAAAUUAAUAGAGAGAAACUUGAAGAAAAACGAAAGCAGAAAGCGGAAAAGACAAAGUCUUCAAAAGCCAAGACUCAAGGCAAAAGUAGUGUGGAAUUAGAAGAAUCAUCAACAAAGAGUUUGGAACCUAAAGCCCCCAGAAUUAAAGAAGUCCUUAAAGAACGUAAAGUUUUAGAGAAAAAAGUAGCCUUGAGUAAAAAAAGAAGAAAAGAUUCAAGGAACAUUGAAGAGAAUUCCAAAAAGAAACAGCAAUCUGAAGAAGAUUCUAAAGAAUCCUUCAAAACAAAUGAGCAUUGUGAAAAGGAAAAGGUGUCUUCUUCAAAGGAGCUGAAACAUGUUCAUGCAAAAAGCGAAUCAAGUAAACUUACCCGGAGACUCUCAGAGUGUUUGCAUUCUACUGAUGAAAACAAAAAUGAAUCCAAAAUAGAAAGAGAACAUAAAAGACGGACAUCUACCCCUGUUGUGGUGGAAGCGGCACAGGAAGAGACUGACUCAAGAGAUGGAAAAAGGCUAGUAGAACGCUCAGAAAUUGGCACAGAAGAACCCCAGAAACAGAAGACCACACUUAAAAAUGAAAAGCAUGUAAAGAAAGAUGAUUCUGAAACACCACAUUUGAAAAGUCUACCUAAGAAAGAGGUAAAAUCUUCCAAGGAGAGGACUGAAAAAGAAAAAACUCUGUCAGAAGACAAAUUGUCUACAAAACAUAAAUAUAAAGGUGACAGUAUGCAUAAAACAGGUGACGAGACUGAACUUCACUCUUCUGAGAAAGGAUUAAAAGUAGAAAAUACUCAGAGGCAGAGUCAACAAACAAAGCUUUCCUCAGAUGAUAAAGCUGAAAGAAAAAGUAAACAUAGGAAUGAAAGGAAAUUAUCAAUUUUAGGCAAAGAUGGAAAGCCAGUUUCUGAAUAUAUUAUAAAAACAGAUGAGAAUGUUCGUAAAGAAAACAACAAAAAAGAGAGGCACAUGUCAACCGAAAAAACUAAGGCAGAACACAAGUCAAGAAGAUCAAGUGAUUCUAAAAUUCAGAAAGAUUCUCUAAGUUCCAAGCAACAUGGUAUCACGUUACAGAGAAGAAGCGAAAGUUAUUCAGAAGAUAAGUGUGACAUGGACUCAACUAAUUUAGAUAGUAAUUUAAAACCAGAAGAAGUUGUUCACAAGGAGAAGCGAAGAACAAAGAGUUUGUUAGAAGAGAAACUUGUGCUGAAGUCUAAAUCAAAAAGUCAAAGCAAACAGUUAAAAGUUGGUGAAACAGAAUUACAAGAAAGUGUCACAAGACAAGCAGCCACUUCAAAACCAGAGAAGAACCCAGAUGAAAAUGACUCAGAAAAACAGCGGAAGUCUAAAACUGAAGACAAACCUUUUGAAGAAACUGGUGUGGAACCUGUAUCUGAGAGUGCUGCUUCUUCAGCACACGGUACACAGAAAGAUUCUAGUCACAGAGCUAAGGUACCAUUAGCAAGGGAGAAAUGCAGGGGCGAUAAAGACUCAAGCUCCUCCAGACCUGAGAGGAGGUUGUCUGAUGGGCACAAAAGCAGAAGCUUAAAGCAUAGUAGUAAAGAUGUGAAAAAGAAGGAAGAAAAUAAGUCAGAUGACAAGGAGGGUAGAGAAGUUGACAAUAGUCAUGACAAGGCCAGAGAGAACACUUUAGUCAUGGAAAAGAAGUUAAGUAGAAGGUGGUGUGAAAAUCGAAGAGGAAGCUUAUCUCAAGAAAUGACCAAAGGAGAAGAAAAAUUAGUAGCAAACACUGCUAGUACUCCAAGUAGUUCAUCCCUUCAGAGACCAAAAAAAAGUGGUGAUACCACAUUGAUCCCUGAACAAGAGCCAAUGGAAAUUGAUUCUGAGCCAGCUACUGAAAAUGUAUUCGAAGUAUCUAAAACCCAAGACAGCAGCAAUAAUAGUUCUCAGCAAGACGUUGACUCUGAAAAUGUUAUGAAACAAAAAAUUACUGCCACAGUUUUAAAGGAUGAAUUAAAAACUUCCACAGUAGAUUCAAAAACAGGAGCCUCAGCCUGUAAAUCGUGGCGUGGAACAGGAGUUACUAGCAAUCCUGAAAAGCACGCUGACCAUAAAAGCACCCUGACCAAGAAAGUGCAUAUCCAAAAUGCUGUGUCCAAACCAAAUCCUGGGGAGAAAGAACCCAUUCAACGAGGAACUCAAGUGAAUGUAGACUCUGAAACUACUCAUAGAAUGUUACCAAGUGCCUCAUCAGAAAAUGAUAGGGUACAAAAGGAUUUGAAAAGCACAACCAAACCUGCCGAAGAAUGUGCUGUUCCAGGAGAUGCUGCUCUUGAACAUUCCACAGAUUUAGACCCCUCACCAUCCUUAAGUUCAGUGACUGUUGUGCCCCAGAAAGAAUCUCAUGAUUCAGAUACUAUUCCUCCAGUUGACAAAAGAACUGUGUUGGAAGGUGACACAGCCAGCACCUCCCUUGUGGAUCACUCUGACAUCCCAAACCAAAGUUUGACUGUUAGAGAAUCAGAGGUCCCAAGGACAAGUGACAGCAAAGAAAGUGGUGAAGUUUCCACAAUAGAUGCACCAGGAAAGGCAAGCAUCACCAGCAAAACACACAUUCCAGAAGGUUACCAGGUCACUUUACUGGACAGUAAACAAGGAAAAGUAAACACGCCUCUCAGUAGCAAGUUAACAGAUAUGGUUGAAGAAAAUGAGAAUGUUAACAAAGAAGCUGGCUUGAUGGACAUUGCCAAGAAAGAGAGUGACUUCAGUGCAGAAGCCAGUUUAAAGCAGACAGUUGGAGCCACAGUAGAAAAUGGCAAGAAGGUUGGCAUUGCUCUUGAUCGUGUGGUAGGCAUGAGUACAGAAAAAGAUGCUGAAACUGACGAACUUAAGCAUGAUAGAGGUCCAGGAGAAAUAAAAAGCAUAUUAAUUGGUGUUGAAAGAAGGAACGAGAACAAUGAGGUAGAUACCAGUGCUGGAGGUGACACUGCAUCCUCCAUUUUAUGCCAAAGGAAUGGAGAGACUGAGAAUGUGGCAGUUGGGUCUGGUAGAGCCGAAAAGGCUUCUGUUGCCACCAGUACUAAAGGGAAGGACAAGGGUGUCACCUUAAACCCAGUAAAGGCCGGGGAUGCCACGACCACAUCUUCAGAAACAGGAGAGAGUGAGGUGGCUUUGCCUUGCACCAGCAUCGAGGCAGACGAAGGCUUCAUGACAGGUGCACGCCUCAGCAAAAAGCCUCUUCGUGUUGGGGCGGAAGCCAGUGAAUGCACUGUUUUUGCUGCAGCUGAAGAAGGCGGGGGUGUUGUCACCGAAGGAUUUGCUGAAAGUGAAAUUUUCCUCACAAGCACCAAGGAAGGAGAAAGUGGGGAGUGUGCUGUGGCUGAAUCUGAAGAGCAAGCAGCAGCCCCAGUGGCUGCCCCUGCCAUUCAAACCAAAGCCAACGGGAAUAAUGUUGUGACAGAGGAAAAGGAUGAUGCUGUCACCAGUGCAGGCUCUGAGGAAAAAUGUCAUGGCUCUUCAAGUAGAGACUCGGAAAUACUUGAAGGAGCUGUUACUUUUAUUAGCGAAGUUGAAAGUGAUGGAGCGGUUACAAGCGCUGGGACAGAAAUAAGAGUGGGAUCCAUAAGCAGCGAAGAGGUUGAUGGGUCCCCAGGAAAUAUGACAAGAAUGGGCCCCAAAAAAGAAACAGAGGGCACUGUGACAUGUACAGGAGCAGAAGGCAGAAACAAUAACUUUGUUAUCUGUUCAGUAACCAGGGCGGGGCCCCAGGAAGAGCGCAGAGUUACAGGUGCAGAUGUGGUCCUAGUAGAUAACGACGCACCACCAGCAACAAGUGUCAGCCAAGAAGGAGAUGGUUCAGUGAAUGAUGGGACAGAAGGGGAGAGUGCAGUCACCAGCACAGGAAUAACGGAAGAAGAUGGAGAGGGGCCGGCCAGUUGCACAGGUUCGGAAGACAGCAGCGAAGGCUUUGCUAUGAGUUCUGAAUCGGAAGAGAAUGGAGAGAGUGCCACGGGCAGCAUGGUCGCCAAAGAAGUCACUCAUGUACCACUGGUGGCCGCUGGGCCAUGUGAUGACGAAGGCAUUGUAACCAGCACAGGUGCCAAGGAGGAGGAUGAUGAAGGGGAGGGCGUCGUGACUAGCACUGGAAGAGGCACAGGGACCGGAGAAGAAAGUGAAGGGGCACUGAUCUGCGAGAGCGCAGAAGAGGACAGUCAGAUCGGAACUGCGGUGGAGCAUGUGGAAGCUGAGGCUGGAGCCACCACCGUGAAUGCAAAUGAAAGUAAUGUGGAUAGCAUGAGCAGUGCAGAGAAGGAAAUGAAAGACACAGAAAUCUGCUCCAGUGCCAAAGGAAUUGUAGAAAGCAGCGUGACCAGUGCAGUUUCAAGAGAGGGUGAAGUGGCACCAGUUCUGGAAGGCUGUGAGGGUCCAAUGACUAGUGCAGCUUCUGAUCAAAGUGACAGUCAGCUUGCUAGGAAAGAAAAAGUUGAAGACACCACUAUUUCCACUGGCCUGGUAGGGGGCAGUUGUGUUCUUGUAUCGGGUGCAGUCCCAGAGUGUGAAGUUGACCACACAUCCCCAAGUGAGAAGGAGGACGAGGGCAUCAUCACCUCCAUAGAAAAUGAAGAAUGUGAUGGCCUCAUGGCUAGUACAGCCAGUGAUGAUAUUGCCCACCAAAACAGCUUAGCUGAGGGUGAAAGUCAAGGCAAAGGCUUGAUGAUUUCCACCAGUACAACAAAUGAUGACACCCCUCAGGUAAGCGCAAUUAUAGAUGUGGAAGAAGGUCAUUCGGGUGCUCUGAGAACAGAAGAAGAUGUGAAAGGCACCAGAGUAAACGUGGAAGAGUUUGAGGCCCCCAUGCCCAGUGCAGUUUCAGGGGAUGAGAGCCAACUCACUGCUAGCAGGAAUGAAGAGAAAGAUGAGUGCACCAUGAUCUCCACAAGCAUAGGGGAAGAGUUCGAAGUGCCUAUUUCCAGUGCAACAACCACCCAGUGUGUGGAGAGUCAGCGGCCAGCUGCAGCUGUUGAAGAAAGUGCUAAAGGUCUGGUCUUGGUCAGCACCAUCGACUUCGAGGUGCCUAUGCCCAGUGCACCCACAGAAAUUGGAAGUCCUCUUGCUUCCACCAGCAAGGAAGAAAAAGAUGAGUGUGCUCUCAUUUCCACCAGCAUAGCAGAAGGAUGUGAGGCCUCUGUCUCUGGUGUGGUUGGUGGAAGUGAAAAUGAGCGCUCCACUGCAGUCGUGGAAGAGAAAGACGGGAGUGCUGUCAUCUCAACAAGCUCCGUGGAAGACUGCGAGGGCCCAGUGUCCAGUGCCGCCCCUCAAGAGGAAGUCCAUCCCUCGGUCACACCAGCAGAAGAGAUGAGCGACACGGCCAUGAUCUCCACAAGCACCUCUGAAGGGUGCGAAGCAGUCAUGAUUGGGGCCGUCCUCCAGUAUGAAGAUGGGCCUGCUGCUGCAAGACUGGAAGACUUGAAUGACGCUGCCGUCAUCUCCACCAGCACGGCAGCGUGCCUGCCGGUUGUUGCCAGUCUCAGCAGACGUGAAGACAAUCAGAUGACUGCAAACAACCCAGAAGGAAAUGAUGACCUGUCAGCCGCAAGGGUGAGCAAGUGCGAGGUCCCCAUGCCCAGCCUGAUUGCUGAGAAUAACUGUCCUGAGCCAUUUACAGGAGACAAAGAAGUGAGUCCCCUGAUGGCAGUGGGCACCAAGGAAGUGCAUGACAGGCCACCAGCCCACGAGCCCUCUGCGGGGCAAUGCCAGCCAAGUGCUAUGUAUGCAGAAGAGGGAGAGAGACAUGGCAAAGACUGCCCUGGCAAAGCACCAAUGGGCACUCUGCGCCUCAUAAGUACAGAAGAGAAGAAUGUUUUGUUGAGCUCCAGUCAGAGAGAAGACCAAAGCCCAGAGGCAGGCAUGGCAGCAGGCAGUAGCACAGCAAGUUGUUCAUCAGAAAGGAACUUGGAGAGAAGUGCUAACUCAUCCGUCCAUCUGAGAGGACCAGGACAGAAGUCUGGGCAGGUGGCUGAGGACCCCUCUGUCAGUAUUGGCUGUUUGGCAGCAGUAAAUACCAAUGCUGAAACAGCUGACCACAUGCCACCUGUCAAAGAUGCUGCAGGUGAGCAUUCCUCGAUUCCUUCUGACCAGCAGGGGCCUGAGGACAACUUGGAAACUACUACCACCAAAUGUAUUACUGGCCAAGAGUCAACAAGCGUUCCUUCCCACACAAUGGUCCUUCCAGCUGCCUACCACGUAGCUCUGUCAGCUGUGAGAUGUAAGCAGGACUUGACUACAAAGAGUGGUCAGAGUAGCAAAUGGACUGAUCAAGCAUCCACUGAAAAAACCGGAGAUGGUAAUGGCAUGGGGAAGCUAUUCCACAAAGAAGGAGACCUCGAGGGCACUGUUUCUUCUGAAGAAAUUUUGUGUGACAUAGGCAGUGAAGAGUCUUCAUCGAAUGUUUUGGCAGGAGUGGAACUAAAAGGCAACUUGAAAACUGAGACGUUUGUGCCUUCAGAGGAAGAGAAAAAUCAUGAAAUUCUAGCACCACCAGGAAGUCCAUGUGGGGGAAAGCCAAGUGGAACAGCUGAACUACAGCCUUUGUUGGUGAAGGAAUCACUAAAUGUUGAAAAUUCAACCUCAAGAACAAAUGAAGAAACUCAUAGCAAAUUUUAUAACGAAGGAGAGAUGUCCAAUGAUAGAAAAGAGAACACAGAAGCCAAAGGAGGUCACAGUGUUGGAGUAAAUCCUAAAGAGGUUGAAGAAGAAGAGAGGCAUAUGCCUAAAAGAAAAAGAAAGAAGCAUUACCAUUCUUCAGAGGAUGAACUGGAUGAUAACCCAGAUGUCCUGGAUUCCAGAAUAGAAACAGCACAGAGGCAGUGUUCUGAAACUGAGCCACAAGACACAAAGGAAGAGAACUCUGGAGAUUUGGAAGAAUUACCUAAAACAAGUUCUAAGGCAAACAGCACAGCUUCAAGGGCCGUGGAAGAAAAGGAUGAAUAUAGCAGCAGUGAAACUCCUGGUGAAAAGACAGAGCAGAACGAAGAAGACAGCAUAAAAUCUCAGGAAGAAGAUCAGCCGAUAAUUAUUAAAAGGAAAAGAGGAAGACCUCGUAAAUACCCUGUAGAAACAGCUUUAAAAACGAAAGAAGACUCCAAAACAGAUACUGGCAUUGUCACUGCAGAACAAUCUCCACCCAGCAGCAAACUAAAAGUGAUACAAACAGAUGAGUCCAAUAAAGAAACAGCUAACCUACAAGAAAGAAGUAUAAGCAAUGAUGAUGGUGAAGAAAAAACAGCGGCAAGUGUGCGGCGGCGAGGAAGAAAGCCCAAACGUUCACUCACUCUAUCAGAUGAUGCUGAAUCCUCAGAGCCAGAAAGAAAACGCCAGAAAUCAGUUUCCGAAGCAACAGAGGACAAGAAAGACCAAGAGUCUGAUGAGGAAGAGGAAGAAGAGGAGGAGGAUGAGCCCUCAGGAGCCACCACAAGAUCCACCACCAGACUAGAGGCUCAGAGAUCAAAGACACAGCUCUCUCCUUCUACCAAGCGCAAGAGAGAAGUCAGCCCUCCUGGGGCCCGAACAAGAGGUCAGCAGAGAGUGGAGGAAGCCCCUGUGAAAAAGGCAAAGCGAUAAUCCAGACCACCGCUGACUCUGGCUUGUUGAGGAACACAGUGGAGAGAAAAGGGACAAGGCUCAGUGACCAGUCUUUUUUUUUUCAACCAGGAAAAGGAUGUGCAUGUGCUAUAAGUUCCUAGGUGCAAGCUUUUCCUUGUUAUGUUUUAAACAGCUUUAUAAACUAUUGUUCAUAGAAGAUAUGUACAUUUAUUUCAGAUAAAUGAAAGUAAGCUUACUUUGUAUCUGAAUUCAAAACAAAGUAGUUGUAUAUUUUAACAUUUGAAAUUGGGAUUUCCUGAUGUGUCACAUCCUAACGCAAACGCUUCCAGCCCAUCAGACACCAGGCUGCCCCCUGGUAAUCUGUGUAUAGUAUAUAAACAUGUAAAAAUAGGUUGUAUUUUACUCUAUGUAUGAUGCUAAUCAAUGAACACUUUAUUUAUUUUACAGAGAAAACUAUCUGUGAACUUUACUAUAUAUCUGUUUAUUUUAUUUUAUUAUUUUUUUUU